GGAUGUGUUUUUGAAGCAGGAAGUGAAGAGUUGUCAAACAAAUCAUGAGUUUUCACUACGGACAGGGGUAUCCAAGAGGAGGACACCCACCUCAAGGUAACCCAUAUGGUGGAGGUCAGGGAGGCUAUGGGGGUCACCCUGGAGGUGGAACAGGCCCCACUGGGGGCCCAUAUGGGGGUUAUGGAGCUCCAGGUUAUGGUGGGCAAUAUGGGCAUGGACCUAGUGGCGCGCCUGGGGGUUACGGAGGACAGCCUUAUGGAGGACAGCCUUACGGAGGACCUAACCAAUACAACGCUCCUGCAGGUAACAUCCCUCCUGGUGUAAACCCGGAGGCGUACCAGUGGUUCUACAGCAUCGACGCCGACCGGAGCGGCUUCAUCAACUCGAAGGAGCUGAAACAGGCCAUGAUCAACGCCAACUGGUCCCACUUCAACGACGAGACCUGUCUCAUGAUGAUCAAUAUGUUUGACAAGACGCGGUCGGGUCGGGUAGACUUGUUUGGGUUCUCAGCGCUGUGGGAUUACAUACAGCAGUGGAGGGCUUUGUUUCAGCAGUAUGACAGGGACCGCUCCGGAUCCAUCAGUGGCACAGAGCUGCACCAAGUUUUAACUCAGAUGGGCUACAAGCUCAGCCCCCAGUUUUCCGAGAUGCUGGUGCAGCGCUUCGGCGGGAGGGGCGGCCCCCGCGGCAUCCAGCUGGACGGCUUCAUCCAGGCGUGCACGCAGCUCCAGAGCAUGACGCAGGUGUUCAGGGAGCGAGACACCGGCAUGACGGGCAACGUCCGCCUCAGCUACGAGGACUUUCUCGCCAGUGCCGUCGUCAGGCUGAUGUGAGCACGGCUUCGCCAGCGAGCCCCGCUCACAGCCGUUAGGAAGGCGCGCCGUCAUUUGGCGCACGGGUCGACGGCCGCUCGGAUUUUUCCCAUGCGUCGCCAGAGGUGCCUCCCUCACCCACCCACCCACCCACCCUUUGCGGUAUAUUCAGCAAAGUGUUGGGGUCGCUGCCACACUUUGGCUUGGCAGCGACUGCUACAUUUUAUUUAACGGUUAGAAACCUGACGUUGCACUCCGAAUGAGGCGCAGAAGCUUUACUGGCACAUUCACUGCGUGACGUGGUUUCUAAUGACCAAGGAUAAUGGUUAUAGUUAGAGAAGUUGUUUUUUUGGGGUUUUUUUUAAACUUUUGUUUUUUUCCAAAAAAAAAGUGGGGUUAUAAAUGUGUGGUUGAAUUUGAGUUAAUAUGUAAUUACAAGUGACAGGAUCAUUACAGUUAUUAGAUCUGUUGUCACACUGAGGCCUUUCAGUUUAAUCAGGCCUUUUCCAACUAAAUCAGUAAAAAAAACUUUUUUUUUUUCUUUUUUUUCUCACUCUGUUUAACACAUUAAUCAAAUAUUUCUUUGUACAACUGUACAGAAGACUAUGCAGUAGAUAAAAAUAUUAUGGACUUUCUGAAAUUGACAAAAUUGUGUGCAAAGUAUGAGUUUUUGGAGUUUAGUGCAAAGACAAUAUGAAAAAUAUAUAUUUUUUCCAUAGUCAUGAGUUUUGCUAAAUGAUUUGUGAUGCUAAUAAAAUGUUUCGCCAUUUGUAUACAUUCUUGAUCUUAUUUACUAACCUGAUAAGCAUACAAAGCAACUGGAAUCAAUUUUUUUAUUGUUUUUCUGGUGAUUUUAACAGGAUAAUUUGGCUGCCACUAAAAUAAUGACAUGCCAAUCAAUUUUCACCGGUUUUGCUCUGAUUGGCAGAUCAACACCGAGAGCUUAAUGCUCCUAAAUCUGGACAUAGUUAUAAUUUCAAGAAAAAACAUCAACCAAGCUUGAUAUCUGUAGAUGCAAAAAGGACAGCAAGCAAGCAUGGUUGGUGCUUUUCUCCAGGUUUGACAUAUGGGUCUGUGUUCAAAAACAGUUGGGCUAAGCUCAGUAUGCCUAUUAUAAUGAGUUGGUUUUGUAAAAGCUUUGAAGAAUAGUGACUGUCUAAACCUUAUUCUGGAGAAAUAUGCCACGAUUGACACCUGAUCUCAGGAUUAAAAAUGCUCACGAUUUUGACAGAAAGUUGAGUCUGACCCUAUCUGAAAGUAAAUAUGCACAUAAAGUUACUUUUUUCUUUUUGUCAGUGAAGUCGAGUGAAUAAACAAAAUGAAUACGCA